CAUGUUGCGGACGCUGUGGUGGCGGUGCCGGCCGGGGCCUGCGCUGGGGCCUGCACCGGGACCGGGCCUCGGAGCAGGCCUCGGUCCAGGCCCCGGCCUCGGGUGCGGCCUCGGCCCCGGUCUGGUCCCGGUGCGGGGCCGCAAGAGCCGCCACGAUCCCCCGGCCAAGAGCAAGGCCUCGAGGCUGAAGGUCCCGCCGCCCGUGGAUCCCGAGGAGCUGUUGGUGAUCACUGAGCGGUACCGGCAGCACCGCCUGGUGCUUGGAGCGCUCCGGGCCGAGUUCAGGGCCGAGGUCCUGCGGGCCAAGCGGGAGGCGCUGCUGACGCAGGAGGACUCAGCCCGGCUGGAGCAGGAGCACAGGAGCCUCAUGGCCUGGAACCAGGAGCAGAACACACUGCAGCGGGAGCGCAGGGAGGAGAGACUUAGGAAACAAGAGGAAGAGGAGAGGCUGCAGAAGCUGAAGGCUGCCGAGACCCAAGCCAGGAAGAGGGAGGCUUUACUGAAGGAGAAGGAGAAGGAAGUUCUCCGGCUCCAGGAAGAAGCCAAAACCUUCAUCACCCUGGAGAACCUGGAUGCCCGGAUCGAGGAAUGCCUGGACAACCCCCGCAACUACAACUUUGCCAUUGACAAGGAAGGGCGGAUUGUCAAGCGGACAGUGUUGUCCUAACAGCUCCACUGAGGAGCCACUUUCUUUCCUUCUCAUGGAUAAAUCCACCUGGAAUUGGUGGGGAACACCCCUGUGGCUCUGCUGCUUCCGAAGGGAUAAUGCCUGCGGGAAGGAGGGUGAGGGAGAAACCUGGGCUCACAACAAGUGAGUCUCAGCCCUGAGGAGCUGCUGGUGUUCGUGUGCCUCCUGCUCUGCCUCUGGAAUUGCACCUCCCACAUCAUCCCUCCUGUUUUCACACCAAGCGUGGAGGGAGUGGGGAACAGGAAGGAUCCCAAGGCACAUCCUGGCUCUGCGCUCCCUGGGGCUGUUUCUCCAUCCCUCUGGGUGCUUAUGAAGGAAAACAGCUCUGAGUGGCUUAGUGGGAAACACCGACCCUCCCCUUUAUGUUGGUAGGGGGUAAGAAUUCACCGUGCCUCUGGUUCGUGCUGUGGUCAAGGGACCUCUUGGUCCUGUUUGUGCAAAGCAGGGUUUAAAGCACAUCUGUACAGCAUCA